AUGGCUGCCGCAAUCAAAGCCGUUAAUGCGAAGAUCCGUUCCAACAAGGUGUUGGAUUACUUCUGCUCAACACACUUCUGGGGUCCAGCUUCGAACUUCGGUAUUCCAUUAGCAGCAGUAAUGGACACACAGAAGAGUCCUGAAUUCGGCACAUUCAUGCGCUACGCCCUAGCAGUAACACCGAGAAACGGCCUCCUCUUCGCCUGCCACUUUGUCAACUUCAACGCCCAGUUGACGCAGAUGUACCGCUGGUACGACUACAACUACCAGGGUGGAAAGACCAAAUGGGAAAACAUUAAACUCGAGGCAGAGAGGCAAGGCGAUAUGGCAGGGAAAGAGGCACAAGGCAUAGUAAAUAAGGUGGAGCAGAAGGGGAGAGAGGCUGUGGAAGAGGUAAAGAGGAAGGUGAGCUAA